UCCGCGGCGGCCCGCGGGCCGGGGCGGGGGCGGGGCGGGGGGCGUUCCCGGGCCCCCGCCCCGCGCGGCCCGCCGCCCGUGAUGAUGUCACAAUCGCGGCGGGCCCCGGCGUUCCCGGGUCGGCUUCGGGCGCAGAUCUGAGCGGGCAGCGGGCUCCUGAGUCAUGGACUUCCCUUGGCCCCUCCUCUACCACUCCCACCGCCGCGCCGGGCCCCCCCGCAGGGGCUAGCGCUCGCGCGGCGGCUCCGAGGGGGUGGGGCUGCUGGGAAUGGCUGUGCCCCCUUCGGCUCCUCUGCCGUGCUCGCCCUUUUACCUGAGGCGGCAGGCGCCGUGCCCGCAGUGCUCAUGGGGCAUGGAGGAGAAGGCGGCGGCCGGCGCGGGCUGCCGGGAGCCGCCGGGCGCCCCGAGGGCCGCCGCCGUCCCUUGCUUCGGCAUAUCCGUGGACCAGGACGACAUCCUCCCGGGCGCCCUGCGCCUCAUCCAGGAGCUGCGGCCACAUUGGAAGCCCGAGCAAGUUCGGACUAAGCGCUUCACCGAUGGCAUCACCAACAAGCUGGUGGCCUGCUACGUGGAGGAGGACAUGGGGGACUGUGUGCUGGUCCGGGUGUACGGGGAGCGGACGGAGCUGCUGGUGGACCGGGAGAAUGAGGUCAGGAACUUCCAGCUGCUGCGAGCACAUGGCUGCGCCCCCAAACUCUACUGCACCUUCCAGAACGGGCUGUGCUACGAGUACAUGCGGGGCAUGGCCCUGGGGCCCGAGCACAUCCGGGAGCCUCGGCUCUUCAGGCUAAUCGCCUUAGAAAUGGCAAAGAUUCACACCAUCCACGCCAACGGCAGCCUGCCCAAGCCCACCCUCUGGCACAAGAUGCACAAUUAUUUCACCCUCGUGAAGAACGAGAUCAACCCCAGCCUUUCUGCAGAUGUCCCCAAGGUGGAGGUGUUGGAACGGGAGCUGGCCUGGCUGAAGGAGCACCUGUCCCAGUUGGAUUCCCCUGUGGUGUUUUGUCACAAUGACCUGCUCUGCAAGAACAUCAUCUAUGACAGCACCAAAGGCCAUGUACGGUUCAUUGACUAUGAGUACGCCGGCUACAACUACCAAGCUUUUGACAUUGGCAACCAUUUCAAUGAGUUUGCAGGUGUGAAUGAGGUCGAUUACUGCCGGUACCCUGGGCGGGACACCCAGCUGCAGUGGCUGAGCUACUACCUACAGGCUCAAAAGGGGAUGGCCGUGACCCCCAGGGAGGUGGAGAGGCUCUAUGUGCAAGUCAACAAGUUUGCCCUGGCGUCUCACUUCUUCUGGGCACUCUGGGCCCUCAUCCAGAACCAGUUCUCCACCAUCGACUUUGAUUUCCUCAGGUAUGCAGUGAUCCGAUUCCACCAGUAUUUCAAGGUGAAGCCCCAGGUGUCAGCCUUGGAGAUGCCAAAGUGACCAGCUUCCCCAUCUCUCCCCUACCCAUGCCUGGCAGGACCUGUGCUCCAGGGUUCACUUCUGCUCUGGGGUCCGCGCCCUCGGACAAGGUGGGAGAGGGGACAGGUGGGUGUCCAGGGCGAAGGCUCCGCCCCUGCCCCCAGGGGAAGCUGCUGGAGACCACAUUCUUUUGUUGGGAGGGGCUGAGACGCCCCGGCUCUGGGGGGUCCCCUUCACCUUGCCAGGCUCUGGGGGGUCCCCUUCACCUUGCCAGAUUCGGGGGUGGUGGGGUGGGGGGAUUGGGGAAGUGCCUGUAGUCGGCGGGGGGGGGGCCUGGACCACAACCACCCCUUGGGAAGCCCAGUAUUCACGGCCUCGGGCCAUGCUGGAAUCUGGGCUGCCUUAGAUGUGUCUUUGACCUUCCUGGCUUAGGGGAAAGGGGAAGGUGGGAGGGCUCCUUUCUACCUCCAGUGCCCUGAGCCUCCAGCCCAUCUCCCCCUGCAUGCCCCACGUGGGAGGUGCUGAACCCAAACCAGCAUCAUGCCAUCUCUGACAGAUGGAUGUACAUAGCUUGGGGGGAUGGUCUAGAACUGGGUUUGACGGCUCCCCCCCAAGCCGCCUCAUCUGAGAUCCCUCCCUUUCUCCAAGCCAGAUCCAGUCAAACAGCCCCUUCCCAGACCUCAGCCCCAGGACCCAUGCUCCCCUCCCUCCCCCUUGUUGCUCCGUUGCUUGUGUUCGGUCCCUCUGCCACCCACCAGGAGGGAAGGCACGGGAGGGGUGAUGUCCUGGGGCUCCACAGCCCGGCUUUGCUUCGUGCUUGGCCCCAGGGGGUGGAGCAACGGGUGGGGUGGCCAACAGCAGCCAGCAGACUCCUGCCUUGUGCCCUCCAGGCCCUCAUUUCCAAGAUUUGUCUACCUUCGGUCCUAAAGUUGACCCAAGGUCUUCCCACUAGGAAAUUAGUGGGCGCUAAGGGGCAGGGGCCGGGGGACCUCCAGGGCUCGCCCGGGCACACGAGGGCCUGGGUCGGAGGGGUCGUGAAGGUGCUGAGCUCAUGGCCCCAGCUUCUCAACCGCCACCACCUCCUUUCUGCCCUCAUGGCCUCCUGGCUCUGGCCCAAAAAGUGACUCAUUUGUAAAUUCUCAUGGUUUUCUGCAUUAAAAUGGCCAUUUCUGGACCA